AUGUCUGCUCUCCGGAACCCAAAGGGAACAGCCAUUCCAUCGAGAAAGGGGAUGGAGAAAAUCAUCUACGACUUCUACUCUGAUCUCUUCGACAGCCAUGUCCACCGUCUGCCUCCUCACCAUCUGAGGGAAGACGGACAAGUCAUUCCAGAGGUUCUCCCGUCCGAAAUACGACAUGCUAUCAUGUCGGUAAGAAAUCGUACGGCAGCCGGUCCCGACAGAAUAAGACCAGAACACCUGAAAAACCUUCCGCCAGUACUCAUCAACACCCUGGCGAGGCUCUUUACACGUUAUCUGUCGGAAUGCAAGGUUCCUAAACAGUGGAAGACUAGCAAGACCGUGUUGUUGUAUAAAAAGGGAGAUCCACAUGACAUCGGCAACUAUCGUCCAAUCUGCUUACUGUCCGUCAUCUGCAAGCUCUUUACAAGAGUGAUCCUUAAUGAGAUUGAAAAAGUUUUGGAUGAAAGACAGCCAGGCGAGCAAGCAGGGUUUCGAAAAGGAUUCAGCACGCUUGAACACGUUCACACUGUUGAGAAACUCAUCGAGGUAUCAUGA